AUGUCGGCCGUAGCUUCGCACGACCCCGACAACACCGAGAAUGACCCGCGCGAGAAGUGCGCGUCGGCGGCGCACUUUUCCUCCCAGGCUGUGGCUGCUGCCUUGGCCACCCUGGCCUCCCUCGAGGGGUCGCCAGGACCCGCCGCGGCCCUGGCGCGGCCCACGGCGGCUUGA